GGAGGAAGAAGUGAGUUUCACCCCUUCUCCUGCCGGUUCCCGUAGUCUCAGGUCUAGGCUCCUGUCCCGCUGCAGAGCCCUGACAUCUUAGCAUCAUGGAGCUCCGUUAUACACUUUUAUUUCUGUGCCUUACUUUACCAUCGUGCACAUCGGACAAUGACUUAAGCAGCCACUUGGUUUUGGAGCCUUAUGAUUACCUCUUCGACACGGCAGUGGAAGCCUACUAUAAGGGGGACUGGCUGUCGGUUAUCCUGAACAUGGAGAAGGCGCUCAGGAACAAAGCUACGGUCCGGAAUGUGAAGGCUCAGUGCCGGCUGAGCUGCGCCAACCAGACCGCUUUCGGUGACCCUUUGGCCGGCUUGGGAGUUCCCAUACCAGGAGCCGGGUCUAUUGAUGACCUGGGCUUCUUCCAGAAAAUCCUGAAACGGGCGGACUGUGUGAAAUCCUGCGAGACUGAGAAACUCGGUUCGCCGACUCUGCAUCAAGUCAGUGAAGAAGUGGAGCUGGAGUUCAAGAAGAGAACUCCAUAUAAUUACUUACAAGUCGCCUAUUUUAAGAUCAAUAAGCUGGACAAGGCUGUGGCAGCAGCCAACACCUUCUUCCAGGCCAAUCUGGAUCAUAUGGAGAUGAAACAGAACCUGGAAUACUACAGGAUGAUGGCAGGAGUACAAGAGGAGGACUUCAAAGAUUUGGAGGCCAGGCCACAUAUGGCCAAGUUCCUGCUCGGGAAGAGUUUCUACAGCGACGACUCAUUCGGUCUGGCAGCUGAAAACUUUGAAGUGGCCAUAGAGGAGUACUUCACAGCCGAUAAGGAGUGCAGAGCUCUGUGUGAGGGAGCCUACAACUAUGAUGGAUACAACUACAUGGAGUACAGUGCUGACCUGUUCCAGACCAUGACAGACCACUAUAUGCAGGUACUGAACUGUAAGCAGCAUUGCUCUGUGGAACUGGCCUCUUCACCUGGCAGAAACAAGCCCUUUGAAGAUUUCCUUCCCUCACAAUUCAACUACCUGCAGUUCUCUUACUAUAACAGUGAGAAGUAUGAGCAGGCCAUAGAGUGUGCUAAGACCUUCUUGUUGUUCCACCCUGAUGAUGAGGUGAUGAAGCAGAACCUGGCUUAUUAUUCUGUUGUGUUGGGUGAGGACAAGGCAGAAACCAUAUCAGCCAGACAGGUGGUGAAACAGUACAUUCAGCAGUCCAUAUUGGAGAAAGAGCUGCUCUAUUUUGGAUAUGAAGCAUUUGGAAUCACCUUUGUAGAUCCGGACACAUGGACUCCUGAAGAUGUCAUGCCCAAGAAACUUAGAGACAAACAGAAAGCUGACAGAGAGACUGCAGCGAGGAUCACAGAGGAAAUAGGAAACCUAAUGAAGGAGAUCGAGACUCUUGUUGAGGAGAAGAAGAAGGAUUCUUCAGAUAUGGCCAAGAUGAUAGUUCCGCAUGAAGGUGGCGCACUGUUAUAUGAUAACAUCAAGGUAACCAUGACAUCUAAGCAGCUGAAUGGCACUCAGCGAGUGUUGCUGGAUGGAGUGAUCAAUGAUGAUGAGUGCAGGGAGCUGCACCGCCUCUCCAAUGCAGCUGCUCUGAAAGGUGAUGGCUACAGAGGGCGUCCUUCCCCCCACUCUCCCAGUGAGAUGUUCCAAGGAGUCACAGUGCUGAAAGCUGUCAAGCUCGGACAGGAGGGGAAGGUUCCGCUGAAGAGCGCCCGUCUGUUCUUUGACCUGAGCGAGAGGGUGAGGAAGGUUUUGGAGUCAUACUUCAGCCUGGACACUCCGCUCUAUUUCUCCUAUUCCCACCUGGUCUGUCGCUCUGCCAUUGAUGAGAAGCAAGAGGACCGUCAAGACCUGAGUCACCCUGUUCAUGUGGACAAUUGUCUUCUGGUCUCUGAGGUCAAUGAGUGUAUAAAGGAACCCCCUGCGUACACACACAGAGACUACAGUGCCAUUCUUUAUUUAAAUGAUGACUUUGAAGGAGGGGAUUUCAUUUUCACCGAGCUGGAUGCCAAAACAGUCACGGCCGAGGUGCGUCCACAGUGUGGCCGUGUGGUUGGGUUUGGAGCAGGAAAAGAAAACCCCCACGGUGUCAGAGCUGUCACUAAGGGUCAGAGGUGUGCUGUAGCUCUGUGGUUCACACUGGAUCCUGCUCAUGAGGAAAAGGAGAGAAUCCAAGCUCAGGAUAUGCUGAAGAUGUUUUCUACCCCUGUUGAUGCUGAGUUCAGCAAGAGGGAGGCAACAGACACCUCAGAACCCCAACCAGCAUCACCAGAGCCUCCUGCACAGGCUGAGCAGGAGACAACAGAUAAAAAACAAGACAAUAAACCAGCAGAGCAGAGGCCAGAUGCACCAGCUGACAUGCAGGCUGACAAACAAGCCGAAACACCAAAGAGCAAGACAGAGACGAAACCGGUCAGCAAAACAACAGGAACUAAAGCCAAAGCUGCUCCAAAAGCAAAGGCCAAAGCUGGAGACCAGGCAAAGGACAAGACAGCAGACAAAGGAAAACCUGCUGCAAAAAAAGAUGGAAAACAGGCUGUUAAAACACAAGCCAAUAAGGCAGACAGAAAAGAUGCAAAACCAGCUGCAAAAAAGACAGUAAAAGUUGUUGCCAAGAAAGACUCUAAAAAAGCUGAAGCUGACGGCACGUCGGUUUCAGACUCUCAGAACGGCAAGGACGAGCUGUGAUCAAACAGCACCUGUGACUGUUUAUGUGCUGUUUAUUUUUCUUCUUUUUUUUCCAAGGUCUUCUCUGUGGGUGGUUGAAUGAAAAUGGAAUGAAAGUUACUAAAAUGUUAUUUGCCUUUUAAAGUAAUUUGUUGUGGUGGAUGAAACCAAGGGACUGCUGUUUUACUGCAGAUGUCACUCAAAUCAUUACUUGAGUACUUUUUAAAUAACUAUAUUUUUUAUGACAGUCUGCAAAAGUGCCCAAAUUACUCGAACCAUCUUUGUUUGGCAUCCAAAGCUUUGUAUCUGUAUAGAUGGAACAUAUUUUCAUCUCAGUUCUCAAACUGAAUUGUCUCGUCUAUUCUUUUAUUUGUGAUGUCAUGUUGGGAAACCAAGCACAGGUAAAUCAAAGAGGAAGGGGGGUUACUAUGAGUGGAAUUUUUCUGCUGAGAAAAACUCAAACUGUGUGAAUCCAUGAAAUAAACAUGAUGUUUUCAAA